UGGCCAAAGUUCUCUCUCACCAACUCUUCCUAAAAAAAGAUUGAGCGAAUUCUUAGGAUCCGAUCCAAACAACACUAUUAUUGUAUAUCGCUACCUAGUAAAAACAAAAUCUUUGCAUCAUCUAUCGUCUCGGUAACCAUCGGAAUCCAAUCCUCUCUUUUGCGGAUUUGUUUUCAGAUUGCAGAAUCUUAGUAUCUCAUCAUCUGCAGAACUCCACAUAUCUCGGUUUGGCGGCGGCGGGUAAGAACAAGAAUUGAAGAUGCAGACAUUUCCGAGCUUUUACGAGGUGGGGAGCUGUUCGGAGUCGUAUAAUAAUUUUCUUCAAGGAAUAAUGGGGUCUUCGGAGAUGAUGAUGAAUAGCUUGGAAGAUACCUCGUGCGUGAGCCCGAGGUCGCUGGCGGAGGCGAAAGCCAUUGCCGCCAACAAGAGCCACAGCGAGGCUGAGCGCCGGCGCCGGAAGCGAAUAAACGGCCAUCUCGCCACCCUCCGCACCCUCCUCCCCAACACAAUCAAGACGGACAAGGCAUCAUUACUAGCGGAGGCGGUGAAGUGCGUACGAGAGCUGAAGAAGACCACCACCGAGCUGGCGGCGGCGCCGGAAUCCGACACCGACGACGACAGUAGUUUCAUCGGCGGCGCCGGCGGCGAGGUUAGGCGGACGAAAUACAUGUUCCCGAGCGAGACGGACGAGCUGAAGCUGAGCUACGCGGCGGGGGAGGAGGGCAGCGGGAACUUAAAGGCGGCGCUGUGCUGCGAGGACCGGCCGGAGAUCAUAACGGAGGUGGUCCGGGCGUUGAAGACGGUGGAGGGGAAGGUGGUGAGGGCUGAGAUGGCGACGGUGGGAGGGCGGAUAAAGUGCGUGCUGUGGGUGCAUGUUGAGGGUUUGAAUAAUGGCGGCGGCCGAGGCGGUGGAGAGGAGGUGGUGGCGGCGGUGCGGAGGGCGCUGAAAGUGGUGCUGGACAGGUCAAAUGCUGUGGUUAACUCGAGCCAGUCAGACUUGACGGGUCAUAAGCGGCCCCGUCUCUAUCAGUAUUGAUUAUUAUGUCACUUUGUUGUCGCUGUGGUUGAUUGGGACAUGUAAAACCCCAUACUAAUCCCCCAACAAAACAUGAAUAUAAAUGAAUUAAUGUAUAACGUUGUGGUUUCACGUGCACUUUUGUGGAAUUUUUGUAAAUUAAUGUUAGUUAUAUUAGUUUGGUAAAUGAGUCAAGUUACUCCUGAA